AGUCGGCGAGAAGCUGGGGCUCAAGCAACUAUACCUUCGGAAGACCUAGAGGUGCAAUAUGGAUGCCAUCAAGAAGAAGAUGCAGGCUAUGAAGGUGGAGAAGGAUAAUGCUAUGGACAGGUGCGAUGGGUGCGAGGAGGCAGCAAGAGUCGCAAAGGUGAGAGCAGAGAAGGCUGAGGAAGAAGUGGCAGAUUUGGUUAAAAAAGCUCAACAGCUGGAAACAGAGCUGGAUAUUACCAAUGAAAGAUUGUCUAUAGUCACAAUGCAGCUGGAGGAGAAAGAAAAAGCUUUAAUGGCCGCAGAGUCUGAGGUAAAUGCAUUGAACCGUAGAGUACAAGGUCUUGAAGAGGACUUGGAGAAGACAGAGGAGAGGUUACUGCUUGCCAAUCAGAAGCUGGAUAAGGCAGCAACAGCUGCUGAUGACAGUGAAAGAAUGAAAAAGGUUCUAGAGAAUCGAAGCAUUGAAGAUGAGAAGAGAAUGAUAAAGCUGGAGGAAGAAUUGAAAGAAGCAAGGAAUCAAGCUGAAGAGGCGGAUAAAAAGUACGAUGAGGUUGCUAAGAAACUGCAGCAGUGUGAAACGGAUCUGGAUCGAGCUGAAGAACGGGCUGAGACUGGAGAAACUAAGAUCAUGGAGUUAGAGGAAGAACUAAGGGUUGUCGGCAAUAAUUUGAAAUCUUUGGAGGUCUCUGAAGAGAAAGCCAAUCAAAGAGAACAGGCAUAUAAGGAGCAGAUUAAAAGUAUGACAGCUAAAUUAAAGCAAGCAGAGGCAAGAGCUGAGUUUGCUGAAAGAUCAGUGCAGAAGCUUCAAAAAGAGGUUGACCGUCUUGAGGAUGAACUAGUUUCAGAACAGGAAAAGUUCAAGGCAAUUACAGAAGAGUUGGAGCAAACCUUUGCUGAAAUGUCUGGAUACUAAGAUAAAGAAUAUUAAAAAAGAUCUCUAUACAUUGGUGGAUCUACAAAUACAAAAUGUUUUUUUAGUUUGCUUCGUCUGAUCUUGUAUACAUGGAUAUCAGCUAUUUGUUCUGAAUGAAAUGAAGUUUGAUUACUAUCUAAAGUUGAUUGCAUAUCAUAUUUUCCUUUUUUUAUUAUGUUUUGUUUUUUUUUAUUUUCUAGCCAGAGCAUACUAUCUUCAGUUGCAUUUUAUAAAGCCACUAGAAUCAAAUGUCCAAUUACACGUUUAUAUUAAUCUAUCUCAAUAUAUACCUUUGUUUUCAUAAUGUUAAACACACAUAUUUAGUUCCUUAAAAUGUAUUCAUAUUUAGAAUUAAAAAUUAGAUAAUUACACAUUGUUCAGAAUUAAAGAUUAUAAAUAAAGUUUUAUAAACCUG